ACCCGGAAGCGGAGUACCCCACGUGGGGAGACGGGAGGGGGCUGUCUCGGUUGGGCUACUUGGUUUUGGACAAUUUUUGAGCUAGGAGACUGGGCUGUUCGUUUCUCUGUCUGAGGAGGCGGGGUAGGUGCAACCAUGGAGGCCCCUUAACCUGUGAUCGGGCCUGGCCGCAGGCCUGGUCUGGAGUGACAGCUCCUGAGAAUGCUGCAGCGGUUAUCGACCAUGGCGCUGCUGUCGGCGCUUGGGGGCACGACCUGGCGUUGCUCCGGUCACCUCGCACGUCAUUUCUCCCAAACGACUUGGCGUGGGGAGAGGCCGGGUGGAGAGGAACUACGGCGCCUGCUGCUGGAUGACCUGGCGCCUACCCCGCGGUCCUCCAGCGGUCUGGAACUUCUGUUUGGCCUGUCCCCGUGUCUUCUGGCUCUGCGGGCAUCCCGCCGCCGGGUGGCCCGGCUCUUGCUCCAGGCCGGCAGGUCCGGGCUGCAAGGAGAGCGUGCCGAGCUGCUCCGCCUGGCUGAAGCACGGGACAUUCCAGUUCUACGGCCCAGACGACAGAAGCUGGACGCCCUGUGCCGCCACCAGGUCCACCAGGGCGUCUGCAUGGAGGUGAGCCCACUGCGGCCCCGGCCCUGGAUGGAGGCUGGGGAGGCCAGGCCAGGAGAUGACCCCCAGCAGCUGUGGCUCGUGCUCGAGGGGCUCCAGGAUCCUCGGAACCUUGGGGCGGUGCUGCGCUCUGCUCAUUUCCUUGGCGUGGAUAAAGUCAUCACCAGCCGGAGAAACAGCUGCCCACUCACUCCAGUAGUCAGCAAGGCCAGCGCGGGGGCUAUGGAGGUGAUGGACGUCUUCUUCACUGAUGACCUGGACAAUUUUUUACAGGCCAGAGCGCGGCAGGGCUGGCUUGUGGCUGGCACGGUGGGCUGCCCCGGGCCCGAGAUCUCCCCGUCCUCUGGGGUCCCCAUCACCAGCUGCCUGGAGUUCCUCUGGGACCGGCCUACUCUGCUAGUGCUGGGGAAUGAGGGCUCUGGCCUGUCCCCGGAGGUUCAGGCCUCCUGCCAGCUCCUCCUCACCAUCCUGCCUGGCCGGCAGCUGCCUCCCGGGCUGGAGUCCUUGAAUGUCUCCGUGGCUGCAGGAAUUCUUCUUCACUCCAUUUGCAGCCAGAGGAAGGGUAUUCCUGAAGAAGGGAAGAGAGGGCAACUUCUCCAAGGCCCCCAGGAGUCCUCAGCUAUGGCCGAAGGGCCCAGAGUAGCUCAGGACCCGGGACAGUCCUCAGGACUAGAAAAAGUGAGGCAAGGCGGGGACUGACUUGGACCGACGGAAACGUGUGCGUGCCGGAGGGCAGGAACAGACUGCCGUGCCUUCAGAGGUGCUGGGUCUCCUGCCUGGUGUGCAGCCAGGCUCUGUUUAUUAAUCUCUGGCUUGCAAAGCAGGGAGUUUUGUGGUGGAGGCCGAAGGAAGUUCAGUUUCCUGUUUUGGGUUUGGACUUGCAGCUGGAGAUGGUAGCCCGUUCAUUUCUAGGACGUGCUAGUUCAGAGGGUCUGCUUCCACCCAGGUCCUGCCUGGGCAAGGAGGGAAGUUUAAACGUCAGAAGGGAACCAGGCAGCUCUGUCCAGGGGUCCUCUCUAUUCCCCUGAGCCAGCGUGAGGAUGGAGAGGGAGGCCGGGGCCUCCUGUGGGCCAGACCCUGCCCCAGCUCGGCCUCUGGCAUGUGGCUUCAUCUCUAUGUCCCUCAGGGCCCUUGCUGGCACCUCCUUCUCGGGGCUGUUGUGAGGCUCAAAUAAAACACCUGGUGCCCA